AUCUCACUGCUGAUUGGAUUCAUCAGUGUGAAUAAUUCUCAGUGGACGGAUUACAGUGCAUACAGCUACUUUCAGAUUGUCACCAUGUGCGACUUUGUUAUGAUUUUGUUCUUCUACAUUAUCCACAUUUUCAGAAUCUACAGGAAGCUCACUUGCGUUAGCUGGCCACUUGCGGAGUUUCUUCAUUAUUUAAUCGGUACAAUUCUGCUUCUCAUUGCAUCAAUUGUAGCAGCAUCCAAGAGUUACAAUUGGAAUGGACUUGUGGCUGGAGCGACUUUCGGGUUCCUAGCUACGAUCCUUUGUGUUUUAAGCAUAUGGUCAUCCUACAAGGUUUCAUGCAUCACGCAGUCAACGAGUAAGUAUCAUGCUUAG